GGUCGGUUAGAAGAGCAAGGGCAAGGGCAAAGGCAGGCUAACAUCACUGCAAACAGCAAGCGCUCUCGUCAUUCAUUAGUGACGACAAUGGGGUUUCAUCUCACAACGUACCUCACCAAAGCGGCACUCGGCCACCCCACGCGCCGCCGCCUCUUCGAUUUGUGCAGCCGACAGCCAUGCCGACUGUGGCACCACUUCACGCGAACGACCCGAGUUUCUGAGCUGCCGCAACACUUCACCACUGGCUCCGCAAUUCUCCGCAGGUAUUAUUCAGGCCAAUUCCCCAAUCGUAGGAUGGGAUUGCUUAGCUGGUAUUUGCACAUGCUCGAGAAACGCCCAAUUUUAACGAAGAGCGUAUCGUCGGCAAUCAUAUAUGCGGCGGCCGAUAUCACCUCUCAGAAAAUUACAAUGGAGGCAAAUGAUUCAUGGGAUUCAAUCAGGACAUUUAGGAUGGCGGGGUUUGGGCUGCUCAUCUUAGGUCCAGCACAGCAUGUGUGGUUUAAUUUUGUUGCGAGAUUGUUACCAAAACGAGACGUUAUUACUACCUUCAAGAAACUGGGGAUGGGGCAGCUUCUUUACGGACCUAUGAUUAAUGGCGUUUUCUUCUCCUUUAAUGCAGCUCUUCAAGGGGAAAGUGGGAAUGAAAUAGCUGCUAGAUUGAAGCGCGAUCUGAUUCCGACCCUGCUAAAUGGUCUUAUGUAUUGGCCUAUGUGCGACUUCCUCACGUACAAAGUUAUCCCGGUUCAUCUUCAGCCAUUAUUAAACAGCUCAUUCUCGUACCUGUGGACAAUAUAUUUGACAUACAUGGCAAGCUUGGACAAAAUUUCUUCGGACUAAAUUGCACCUCCUCUCCAGUGGCAUUUAUUAGUCAGCCGAUUAUUUAUACAACCAGUUGGCUUCAAUAACAGGUCACAAAUCAUUUGUUAUUCCACUUAUUCAUGAUUAUAAUGCUAUGAGUUUCUGCGCUCGUUGUUACAUUUGUUAUUAUAUGCAAAAUAAUGUUUUGAAGAACUGUUUAUGUUAAAAGGCAGUAUUCUUGAUAGAAAUUAGGAUAUGGAUCCUGAAAAUUAUCAUAUGCUGUAUCAGAGGAUUUUACUAUUUGAUUCAUUAUUUAUUUAUUUAGAUUUUGAUAUACCUUUUCACCCUCAUUCAAUGUCACUUGUUGAUUAAUAUUAGAGCCGAUAAUGAGCUAUUCAUGUAGGUUAAAUACAUUAAACGGGUUGAAUAACUCGACUUGUUUAUUAUCGUGUCGGCUUCGUGUUGAUCCGUGUACAUAAUUAAAUUGAAAUGCUUAAUUCAAGUUCAAUUAUUUUUUUUCA